CGGAUCCGAGGUGGCUGGAUCUGGAGUGUGUGACGCCUCCCCAGGACUCCCCUCUACGCGCGGGAGGCAGCGCCAAGUUCACCGCGAAAGCCAAAAGCCUGGGCACAAGGGACCAAAAUGACCACUGCAGCUCCUAACGGCUGCCGCUCCAACCUGGACUCCAGGUACCACAGACUUUGCGAUACGGCCGAGAGCUGGGGCAUCAUCCUGGAGACAUUCGCCGCGCUGGGGGCCGUGACGUCGGUGGCCUUAAUGCUGGUGCUUGUGGCCCUCAUCUGCAAGGUGCAGGACUCCAGCAGGCGGAAAACGCUGCCGACCCAGUUUCUGUUCCUCCUGGGCGUGUUGGGGGUCUUUGGCCUCACCUUUGCCUUCAUCAUCAAACUGGAUGGGGGCACGGGGCCCACGCGCUUCUUCCUCUUCGGUGUCCUCUUUGCCCUCUGUUUCUCUUGCCUCCUGGCCCACGCUUUCAACUUGACCAAGCUCGUCCGCGGGAGGAAGUCCCUGUCCUGGCUGGUGAUUCUGGGCUUGGCUCUGGGCUUCAGCUUGGUGCAGGACGUCAUUGCUGUCGAAUACAUUGUCCUCACCAUGAACAGGACCAACGUCCACGUCUUUUCCGAGCUCUCUGUGCCCCGUCGCAAUGAAGACUUCGUCAUGCUGCUCAUCUACGUCCUCUUCUUGAUGCUGCUGACCUUCCUCACUUCCUUCUUCAUCUUCUGUGGCUCCUUCGCUGGCUGGAAGAGGCAUGGGGCCCACAUCUUCUUCACCAUGAUCCUCUCCAUCGCCGUCUGGGUGGCGUGGAUCACCCUGCUCUUGAUUUCUGCCCUCGACUCCAUGUGGGAUGACACCAUCCUCAGCACGGCCUUGGUUGUCAAUGGCUGGGUUUUCCUGCUGUUUUAUGUCUUACCUGAGUUCCUGCUGCUCCCAAAGCAGCGCAACCCCAUGGAUUACCCGGUGGAAGAUGCCUUCUGUAAGCCCCAACACAUGAAGCAGAGCUAUGGUGCGGAGAACAGAGCCUACUCUCAAGAGGAAAUCAGUCCAGGUCUCGAAGAGACAGGGGAUGCGCAGUAUGCUCCGUAUUCCACCCAUUUCCAGCUACAGAAUCGGACCCCUAAAAAAGAUUUCUCCAUUCCACGGGCACAGGCUCAGCCUAGCCCUUAUAAUAACUAUGAAGGAAGGAAAGAGGGCAGUUAACUCUGUUCUGAAGAGGGGCAGACCCAGCCGGGAGCCCAGAGGGAUGUGGGCUGAAUCUGGAAUCUUCUAGAACGGUACAGUGUCUUGGGAGGGCUUGCUUGUUCCCUCCCAGCCCCGGACACUACUCUUCUGUGCUGGCACUGAUGGUGGCCAAUAGGACUCCAGUUCUUGCCGGGUGUGGUGGCACAUGCCUGUAAUCCCAGCACUCGCGAGGCUGAGGCAGGGGGAUCACCGAAAGUUCAAA